UUAAAAUGUUUUUUGUGACGUCAAGUCGAAAUUGAAUAUUUAUUGAAUCUUCGAAUAUUUAAAGGAUGACACUUCAACUAAUAUAUUGAAAUCGGAAGUGGUUAUAGUGUAUUAUUAAUUGUAUGAUUGUAUAGUCAAAAGUAGUCAAUUGGCAAUUAAUGCCGCGCAUUAACUACUCAUUCAAUUUCGAAAAAAUGGAAGAUAUGAGUGACAUUUCAGGGGAUGUGACUGUGGUGGACGUUUAUGAUAUUGCUUCAGAUAUUGGAAAAGAAUGUGAAAAAAUUAUAGACAUAUUCGGAGCUGAUGCGGUAACUUCUCUAAUGCCGAAAGUUAUAAACGCUCUCGAAUUACUUGAAAACUUAGCUACAAAGAAUGAAAGGGAAAAUUCCUUGCUACAUGAACUUCAAGCCAAAAUAUCUCAAUUGGAAAAUGAUAAACUGGAGAAAGCUGAGUACAGAAAAAAAUUUGAGAGGGUUAGUCAUAUAUUGAAAACCCAAGUGGAAAGACUUACUAAUACAAGCAGAGAAUUAAGAAGAAAACAUAAAUCUAUGCAGACGCAAGUCCGAACACUUUGUGAUGAAAGAGCAGAUUUUCUUGUGCAACUACAGGACCAACAGAGAGACAUAUCAGCAUUAAGGCAGAGGUUGGGACUCGCUCAGAAGGAAAAUGAGGAUCUUGUGAAAUGCGAUCUUACACUACCAAGUAACAAAGCUGUAUAUGAUUUGGAUGAUCCAAACAGACCAAGAUUCACAACACAAGAGCUCAAAGAUAUUUUACAUGAACGUAAUGAACUUAAAGCUAGAGUAAGUGAUUUAGAAGAUGAGCUAGAGAUCUAUCGACCUAAAAAUAAAGCAGAAACCUUAAAAAAUCUUCUUCCUUUAAUGGACAAAAUUGAAACAACCUGUGAUAAUUUAGUUAGACCACAUAAGGCUCCUACGCCUAGUCCUCCACGUUCUGAAAGUCCGCCUUUAGAUGAUGAUGCACCAGUUCAAGGUCCCCUACCAUAUGAACCAGAUGAUGCGCCCUGGAAAAAAUCUGAAUCUGGGAUUAGGAAGUUUUUUCGUAAAAUCUUUUCUGAGAGUAGUGGUGGAGGUGGUUUUCCUAAGCGUAGCCUCUCCACCCUCUCUAAAAUGGCUCUCUCGUCGACUAGCGAACCAGUUCCUGUCUAACACAGGUUUCUCUAAUACCCUAACCAAUGCCUACUCCAGUUUAGGAACUGAUAUUUACGGUUAUGUGCAUCAUUCUAUGUGAUAGAAGGUUAACUUAGCGAUCAAUGUUUAAUUAUUGUCGGUUCUUUUAUCAUCAGGGUGUUGAGUAAAUGUACAAAAUUGGUAAUACACCCUAGUAUGUAGACCAGAAGUGAAAUCUAGGGGUUUUGUGUGAUGGUGAAUACGGAUAUGAAGUAACAUAUUUCUACCAAAUCAGUAUUGACGAGGAAAUAUUAUUUGUGCGAAGACAAAGUUCUCUUAAAGUUUAUAUUUGCCUAGGGUUCCACAUGGCUUGCUCCAUUAUGAUAUUCACUAUUAUCUGGGUUGAAAAGAAAUGUGUAAAAUGUUGAUAACUACUUUGAGGUUUUCGAGAAGUCAGUAUUAUUUAAUGCUAACCUAUGAUUCAUUUUUUCCUUCAUAACCACCUUUUUUUUUUUAAUUAUAUUUGACUCCGUUUAUAUUUUUUAUAUUUGUUUCAUAGCCGAUUGAAAAAUAUUGCACAACUAAUGAAAAUUUGAAACUUUCAGAGCUUCUACAUAUUAUUUGAAAUGAGACCUAACAACAUAUUUUUGAAUGAAUUCUGAUUCAACUAUUUUGAAUAAGUUACACUCUCUUAUUUUGGUAUACUUUUACAUAAGAAUCCUUUAUAUACACUAUAUUUUGUUGUAAAAAUUUUCAUUUUUCAUGUUAAAUACAAAUAUUUCUACCCUCAUUGUUAAGUUUUUUUCUUAUACAAUUUGCAAAAUGCAACCAAUUACGUUAUUAAAAAUGAGAUACUUGAU